AUGGUUCCCGUUCCACAUUACGUGAAGUCUGUUGCACUCACGAACUCAACGUCACAUUCUGUCAACGUUAUUGCCAUGUUUGGAUCAGAGGAAAUGGAGGCACAAGGAAAGAAAAAGAUACAGGAGACGUAUGAGCUACCGCCUGGGGCGAAAGCAAAGAUCAACGGGCACGAGUACGACAUGGGCGGCUGGACGGCUGUAGCUGCGCUUUCUUCAGUAGAAGUGAAACACUCAGACGAAAACGGAACGCUGAAUAAGACAUUUUACACACCUAGCGUCAAUUGUAUCGUUGACGUGCUGCAUGUAGACAUUAGUGCUGAUGAAGACACCAAGAGCUUCAAGGUUACAGCUGUGCGUGAGGGCUAA